AUGUUAAGAAACAAAGUUUAUGCUUUCGUAAAUGCUGCAGUGACUUCCCCACUCGGUUAUGGGAAAACUUUCUUUCACAAAGUUAAUCCUAUUGAUAAGUUAUCGGUGCAACAGUAUUGUGCUGGGAGUGCGCGCUGCCUCUCAAAUUGUCAGCAAAGAUGUGAUUUUAAUACAUCAACAACACCAAACCAACUAAAUGAACUGAAAACACAUUCGUCCCAACAUUAUCCUUCGCAUUCUGCCCCAAGUAUUAAUCAAUUCACGACGCGUUCUCAUAACUGUGGAGAAUUACGGCUCACGCACGUGGGACAAGAAGUCACCCUGUGUGGUUGGCUCGAGUUUUCCCGAAUGAAUAAAUUCUUCACUCUACGCGAUGGUUACGGAACCGUACAAGCUCUUAUACCUGAAGAUAUGUGCCACAAAUUCAACUUGGAUACGUUAACGUUCGAAUCAAUUCUACGUGUAACAGGAACUGUUCAAUCUCGCCCGAAUGGCCAAACAAACAGAUCAAUGCCGACGGGAGGUAUUGAAAUACAUGUGAGCGGAUUAGAGGUAUUGAAUGAAGCGAAAAAACGACUCCCAAUUCAUGUAAAGGAUCAUAACCGUGCGAAAGAAAACCUUCGACUAGAGCACCGGUACAUCGAUUUGCGAAGUCGAGACCUGCAACAUAAUCUACGCGUCCGAUCGCAGGUGAUCAUGAAGAUGCGCGAAUGUAUGAUCAACGAGUACGGGUUUGUAGAGGUCGAAACACCGACACUAUUUCGUAGAACGCCCGGGGGAGCCCAAGAAUUUGUCGUACCAUCACGGAAACCGGGUCAUUUUUAUUCGCUCGUACAAAGCCCGCAACAGUUCAAACAGAUGCUGAUGGUUGGAGCGAUCGAUCGUUACUUUCAGAUAGCACGUUGCUACCGUGACGAAUCGACCCGACCGGAUCGGCAGCCUGAAUUCACUCAGCUCGAUAUCGAGCUAUCGUUCACCGAUCGUGAAAAGGUGAUAGAGUUGAUCGAACAAGUGCUGAUGAAAUCAUGGCCUUACAGUGACAAUCCCAUUCGGGGUCCUUUUCCGCGAAUGGCAUUAGCUGAAGCGAUGGAACGCUUUGGCAGCGACAAACCAGACACAAGGUUCGGUUACGAAUUGAAAAAUUUAUCCAAGCUACUGGGGACUCAAUUGACAACACCGGCCGGAGUGCGACCGAAAGACUUUCGAGUGUACGGAAUGCUUAUUCGUGCGGAGGAGGCGGAAAAGUUACCUGCGGCAUUGAAGAAAACACUCGAAGAAAUAGCUAAGAAGAGCAAUUUCUGUAAAUUUACUCAAAGUAAAAUUACACCAGAUUGGAGUGCUGGACCAAUUUCACGAUUGCUUGGAAAGGAAUCUGCCGAAGCGCUGUGCGAGCAAUUGUCUUUGCAAUCGGGCGAUCUGUUACUUCUUGGCUGGGGAAAACAAACCUAUGUUCAAAACAUGAUGGGAAGGAUACGGUUGGCUGCCUAUGAGGCACUGGAAAAGGGAAACCUUGUCCCAACACGCCAAUCACACGCGCAUAACUUUCUAUGGGUCGUAGACUUCCCCAUGUUCAGUGAGAAUGAAGAAACAGGCCAGAUUGAAAGCACACACCAUCCAUUUACAGCACCACACCCGGACGAUGCUGCUGCGUUUAACACGGACUUGAAGGAAAACAUCUACAACAUUCGGUCGCUGGCGUACGAUCUCGUAUGGAACGGUGUUGAGAUCGGCGGAGGAUCGAUCCGCAUACACAACAGUCAACUGCAGCGAAUGGUGCUAAAAGAUGUGCUGAAGAUUGAACACGCUCAUCUGCAUCAUUUGCUCGAUGCGCUCGAAAGUGGUGCGCCGCCCCACGGUGGCUUUGCGAUCGGGCUCGAUCGUUACGUCGCAUUGCUGUGCAAUGCUGCGUCUAUUCGUGAGGUAAUUGCAUUCCCAAAGAGCCUCGACGGUAAAGAUCCACUUUCGAAAGCACCCGUCCCUAUCAGUGACGAGGAGAAGCGUAUCUAUCACAUCCAGGUUGUUGAAUGA